AUGGAUCGACCCAGCUUCGUUAUCCAUCCCGAAGAAGCUGAAGCGGCCGCGAAACGACUCGGCGUCUCCGCCCUCCAGCUCCUUCCUUUGCUGGUCAACCCGGCGAAAUCACUCGCUCGGCCUCCAAUCUCCAAUUUCUCCGUCUCCGCCGUAGGACUCGGAUCGUCGGGCCGGAUUUUCGUAGGCGUCAAUGUCGAAUUUCCCGGUCUCCCUCUCCACCAUUCCAUCCACGCCGAGCAAUUCCUCGUCACCAACCUCACGCUCAAUUCCGAGCGGCACCUCCGUUACUUCUCCGUCUCCGCCGCUCCUUGCGGCCAUUGCCGCCAAUUCCUUCAGGAAAUACGCGAUGCUCCUGAAAUCAGAAUCCUAAUCACAGAUCCAAACGCCUUCCGCGACGCCGCCGCGGAGGAUGGCGACGGAGAUGGAUUCGUUCGCCUCGAGAGCAUCUUACCCCACAGGUUCGGCCCAGACGAUCUACUCGAGAAAGACGUCCCUCUACUUCUCGAGCCACACGAUAACCGCCUCACUCUCUCAGAUCCCGAUCAUCUCCCAAACGGAGAAUUCUGCAACGGCUACAUAGAUUCCGACAUCUCCUCCAAUCUGCGGGGCACGGCUUUAUCGGCGGCGAACAGAUCGUAUGCGCCGUACAGUAGGUGUCCGUCGGGAGUGGCGCUGGUGGAUUGCGAAGGGAAAAUGUACAGAGGAUGGUAUAUGGAAUCAGCUGCGUAUAACCCUAGUUUGGGGCCAGUACAAGCGGCGCUGGUAGACUUCGUUGCUAAUGGCGGAGGCGGAGGGUUCGAGAGGAUCGUCGGAGCUGUGCUGGUGGAGAAGAAGGAUGCCGUGGUGAGUCAAGAGCUCACGGCGAGGAUGCUUUUACAGGUUAUAUCCCCGAAAUGCGAUUUCAAGGUCUUCCAUUGCUAUGAAUUCUGA